UGAGAAGCGACAAAAGCGGAAACGCUCUCUUCUCGAGUUGGCGCUUUAUCUACUGACCCUCUACCUCACUGAUUUUGACACUUGGAGUUCAGUGGGAGCCAUGACGAGAUCUUCGAUGAGACCAGUCAAUUGCUUUUUCUAGCCACUAAAAUUUAGAGUAACAUAGUUCUUUCUCUCCUCCUUUGAUUUGACUGUUGAGAGAUUUCUAGAGAUGUUUAUGACUGUGACAUGAAGUUAUAGUUAAUCUCUGCCAGUUAAGAUGAGAAACCUGAAGAAGAGACCUGUGAAGAAGGAGCCUAUUGUGAUUGACUUAGACAGUGACGAUGAUGAAGGUGUUCGCUGUGGUGAAUUGAACGAGUGUAUGAUGGAUACUGAUGUUUCAUCAGAGUCUGAAGAAGCUAAUCCCUCCAACAUGCAAAUGACCUUUCCUUCUAAUGCUGGUGCUAGUGAUGAUGAUGAUUGCGACAACAAAAUUGAUGAUCAGUAUCUCAAGUUGUUUGAUAGUCUCAUGGACGAUGGAAACUCAUAUCUGAGAGAUAAUCCACUGAGGUGUAUUAGGUAUGGAGUAGAUAACGGAGGAUACGACAUACGCGAGUUUAAAGGUAAGCGUAAGAGCAGAGAAGAUCUAAACACUGGUGGUCGUGCGACUAAGAAGAAUGUUGUUGUGUCAAUGCCUCCUCAUCGUGUCCAAGCAAGUGAAAAGAAGACAAGGGAGUUUGUGUUGAAGAGAAGAGAGAGUCCUGUGAAUGAUAAGAGUGUUGACGCAACAAGUCAUGCGAGGAGAAGCUCGCAACACAAUGUCGAAGCUCGCAAGAAGGAGAUUAGGGAAGCCGAAAUGGUGCCUGAUGAGCAUUACAGAUCUUAUCUCACAUCGUUAGUGGACAAGUGGAAGAGCUCAAGAACUAAUCCUGAGAAGGAGGUACGAGUAAAGUGUGAGAAAGAUGUAAUGUCUCUGUCUGAUUCCGACAGUAUUGAGGUUGGUGAUCGUCCUUUUCUUGAUGAAGAAGAUUCUCCGUUUGUGCCAUCAAAGAGUUAUAAAGUUGUUGAUUUGGAGGAAGAGAGCGAUGAUGAGGGUAACCAAUGCAAUUCUUGGUUUAGGAAGGAGAUAAUGAAUGUUCUCAAACAACCAUACAGUGAAAAAGAGUUCAAAGAGCUUGAGCAUGAAGCAUCGGUGUGUAGAUGGUUGAUCAAAUCCAAGGAACUGUUAGAUGGAAGGGAUUUUACUUAUACAACGAAUCAAAAGAAACCUUCAUAUCUUGAUCAGUAUCCAGAGUUCAAAAGGAUGUUCGAGAAAGCUUUAUAUGGAGAGAAUCGCCAUAGAGCUCUGAACCUGCUGCGUGGCUUCAUCUUUUAUUUAACGAAAGUUGCUCGCCAUGAUGCAUUCAAACCUUGGCUCGACUAUGAAUGUUUGAAGAUCACAUGUUUCUGAAAGAGAGGCUCUUUAACUGAUUAAAACCGACUCCACUUCCAGUUCCAUGCGAGACCUUUGUUUUAACUUUUAUGUCAUAAUCUCGAUUAGGCUUUGCUUUUAUUGUGUAAAAUUAACUUGAAUCAUUGUGUAGUAGUAUUAGUUCUAUCUCAAAACUAGCCGAAUGUUUCAAGUUUCUGUAAUGUGAGUUCUCUCUCCCUCUUUUUAUUGGAUGCAACUUCGACUUCA